AGAACUGCUGGCCUCCUGACAAGCUGGUUGUUUGGAUAGUCUGAAGGAUGAGGCUGCUGCAGCAAAAAGUGGGUUAUGACAGCACAGCUUUCCUGCUGGAGAUGAAUGACCAAUAAUCCCAGAAAACAGCACACAGGACGGGUUGGGCCAGCAAAGGACUUCGUGAAGGCUCAUUUGGACACUCUGGAGGCCAGUGGGGUACUACAAAGAGCCAUGGGGGUGUUGAUGUCCAAGCGGCAGACAGUGGAGCAGGUGCAGAAGGUGAGCCUGGCUGUGUCCGCCUUCAAGGAUGGGCUGCGGGACAGGCCUUCCCUCCGGCGCACGGGGGAGCUACCAGGGUCCCGCCGUGGCACAGUAGAAGGCUCCGUCCAGGAGGUGCAGGAGGAGAAAGAAGCAGAGGCAGGCACCCCGGUGGUCCAGGAAGAGAGCAGGGUCCACCGUGCAGCCUGGGAGCGGCUCCGAGAUGGGCGUGGAGUAGAGCCCGAGGAGUUCGACAGGACCAGUCGUUUCACACCACCUGCCUUCAUCCGCCCUACGCGGAAGCUGGAUGAUGACAAGCCUCCAGAAAUCUCCCUGGAGCCCAGAGAGCCUGUUGUCAACGAUGAGAUGUGUGAUGUUUGUGAGGUCUGGACGGCUGAGAGCCUCUUCCCGUGCAGAGUCUGCACCAGGGUUUUCCAUGAUGGCUGCCUGCGCCGCAUGGGCUACAUCCAAGGAGAAGGUGCAGCGGAGGUGACCGAGAUGGCCCACACGGAAACAGGCUGGAGCUGCCACUACUGUGACAACCUCAACUUGCUGCUUACUGAGGAGGAAAUGUACAGCCUCAUGGAGACCUUUCAGCAGUGUAAAGUCAUCCCUGAUUGCUCCCUGACGCUGGAGGACUUCCUGCGCUAUCGCCACCAAGCAGCAAAGCGAGGGGACAGCGACAGGGCCCUGAGCAAGGAGCAAGAGGAACAGGCAGCCCACCAGUUUGCAGCCCUGGACCCUGAACAUCGAGGCCACAUAGAGUGGCCUGAUUUCCUGUCCCAUGAGUCCCUCCUACUUUUGCAGCAACUGCGUCCCCAGAACUCUCUGUUGAGGCUUCUGACAGUUAAGGAGCGGGAACGAGCCCGAGCCACCUUCCUGGCACUGGGCAGCGGGAGCACCAUCAGUGAGGCAGAGUGUGGCCGCGCCCAGCACUCUUGGUUUUGCAAACGCCCUACAGAAGCUCCAUCCUGCAGUGUCAGCAUCAGCCAUGUGGGUCCCAUAGCUGACAGAAGCCUGGCCAGCAGCAGUAGCAAGAGUCAGGACAAGACCGUGCUGCCCACAGAGCAGGAGUCCAGAUUCGUGGACUGGCCCACCUUCCUGCGAGAGAACGCCCUCUACAUCUUGGCUGCUCGCCCCAACAGCGCAGCCAUUCACCUGAAGCCCCCAGGAUAGCAUGGAGCGGAGAAGCUUGGUUCGGGGACAGUGACAUCCUCUCCUUCCUUUCCUCUCUCCCUUCCCCCACCAACCUCUGGCACUGA